AUGGGAGUGUCCGUCCAAGAAGAUGGCAAGCAUUUCGCGAAUUCAUCAUUAAUUAAGAACAGCUUUGUGACGAAUAAGUUUGUGCGUAUGUAGUAUAAAAGUUUAAAAGUGAAUAAUUCGCGAGUGAAAGUUAUAUAAAAAAAAAAAUUUGAAGCCACUUGUUUUGGGAACACUUAAGAAAAACUCGAAUCCAAGAGGAGUUAGAAAUCGACGCUAUUCUUUGUCAGAGAAUCGGAAAUCUUUUCUUUAAGUGAAAUUAAUCAACAUUUUUAUUCUUCAGAUUUAUAUAGUUAUUCUUGUUAUCAAAAUGAGGUGUCAUUACCAAGCACAAAAGUAUCGAGUCGGCCGCAUCCUAGGAAUCUUUCUGUCUUUGUGUCUCGCCUCGGUCUCGUCUCACGAAGCUGUACCGUCAAAUCAUCAGAGCACACCGGGCGCAUCGACUUUGAAGAUAGAGGCCAGAGAAUCCGAAGCUUCCGUAGUUCUGGGAAAAGAUCUCGUUCUCAGUCCGUCCUGGCCGAUCGAAACGCCAAUCGUCAACUCCAGCUAUUCCAAUGACGCUGCGUCGACCAAAGACGAUCCCUCCGUAACUCCCACGAUUGUCAACCGAUUAUCGUCUUCCGGAGAACACGAUGGAAAUUCGCUUCGGAGAUCCGACGUGAAUUCCGAUGUCACGAGCCGCUACUGGACCGGCAAAAACCCGAAGAUAGCCCGGAAAAAGGACAGCUAUCUCGAGGCGCUUAGACACUCGCGCACCAGCGAAGAUCCGCGGGAAGGAAUCGUUCGUUUGGACACGAAGACGAAAGCGAACAGGAGAGAGUACGUGCAACAAGGGCCCGUUUACAAGCCGGAAAGUACGGAGUACGGUCCGCCCGAUUCGAAGAGUCCGCGAAUUAUUUACGGCUCACCCGGCGCUUCGUCGCUCGGCGAUUCUUAUUCCCAGUCUUACAAGCCGUCGACAGACUACGGUGGCGUUCCGCAGAAUUCGUACGGACCGCCGCAAAAUGCGUACGGACCGUCGCAGAAUUCGUACGGACCGCCGCAGAAUUCGUACGGGCCUUCGUACGGAUCGUCCGGUAAUUCUUAUCCUCCGCCUCAACAAGAAUACGGUCCCUCCAUACACAAUUCCAUCCCACAUCCGGCUUACGGGGCACCUUACGCACUCUCAGACGUGUCUCACAUUUCCAUAUUGCCGAGCUUCGAUCUGGGCUUACCGUUCGCGCUCAAACUUAACGCGUUCACCAUCGCAAAGAUCAUUCUGAAAUUAGUGAUCUUCAAGAUGAUCGUGAAGUUCAUCGCGGUGAUCUGCCUGCUGCUCUUCAUACCCAAACUCGAGAUCAUCAAGAAAAAAGUCACUAACAAGGACGACGAGGAGGAGGAACGUGGGUUUUCGUCGCCUUACGCCACUUCGGAGACACUGCGUAAUCUUGAAGCGAUAGUCGGAAACUCCGUGGAGAAGUACGAGAGGAUGCAAAACGAUACUCGCUCGUCGAGAAAGUGCGCGACGCUCGCGUGUCAAAUCGCCGAAACGCUCGCUCAUCACGAAUCUUGGGAUCAUUACGUAAAUUUAUUCAAGAACUACGCGAAGGAAGAGAGCGAAUUCGCGAAAAGAGAGAAAGAGCAGUGAGAGGUUUUUUACGUUGUUGUUAAACUUCAUCAUCAUCUCGUGUGUCAUCUUUUAAUUUGUAUUCUCUUUUUAUUUAUUUAUUUAUUUAUUUUAUAAAAUUCUACUUUACAUAAUUGUUAUAUAAAAUACGUGUUUUGGUAUUUUUUUAAAUCUCUUUUCCCGAUCUUCUGAUCUACUGGCAGGUAAGUGAGAGAGUGAUUUUUCAACAAAUGCUGCCAAAUUGUCGCUUAUUUAUUAUAGACGAAUAAUUUCCAAAGAAAGGUGCCGCACACACUCGAAGCGUCAUGAAACCUGACAGUCAUGAUCCGGGCAUGAUGCUGCUCUCAAUUCUCCUCUCUCAGGUGGGGAUUAAUUUAAUCGCUACACAUGCUUUAUAAACGUAGCAUAGUGACACGAUUUGUCAGUUCUCCCGCGACAGUCUCUCAAUUCGUCGCGUACCUAGACAAUCAUCAUCACCCAAGUCUCAAGCUCUAAAACAGCUGGAACAAUGAAGAUAGCAAUUGUAGUCGCGUUGUCAUUCCUU